AUGGCUUCGCUACGCCAGUCUACCAUUGGACUUGGAGCCAGCUCCUCGGACCCCGCUCUCCCAGGUCUUCUGGGAUGGCCUUUGGGGACGCUAGCUGCCCCCCGCCCUUUCAGGCUUCCCACCGGAGCGCCCUUCUGGGAUGCUGACUACGCUGGUAGCUUUGUCUUAGACCUGCUGGUAUUACCGACGAACGAAGCCAUCGAUUAUCUCACCGCCGAUUCGGUCCUUCCAGUUCCCAACUCUCAUUUCGGUGGUAGUCCCUUCAGGGUAAUACAUCCUGCGGACCAGACGGGGGACAUUGCCACUUAUCAUCCAUUGUUGUUGGCCGUUGUUCCGGGAUAUGGAGAUGGCACAACAAUAUCUGGGGAGGAGAUUCAUACCAGCCUUGAGCUGCACCAUACAUUCGAUGAUGCUUGA